UAAAAAUGCGACACUGAUUUGUUUAGGAGUUUAAAAAUGGCGUCGUAUUGUUUGACUGUCUCCAGACUCCGGUUGGCUCUCGGAACAGGAGCAAGAUGGUUUCAUGUCUCUGCAGCCUUCGGUGCUAAGGCCAAGGUGGCCAUGAGCCGCUUUGAGCCAGGCUCAAGUGUUAACUAUAAGAAGAUGCACGAGAACAUCAACAUUGUACGCAGAAGGCUAAACAGGCCUCUCACUCUGUCGGAGAAGAUCGUUUACGGCCACCUGGACGAUCCGGCAGGCCAGGAGAUUGACCGUGGACGCACGUAUCUGCGUCUGCGUCCUGACCGUGUGGCCAUGCAGGACGCCACAGCCCAGAUGGCCAUGCUGCAGUUUAUAAGCAGCGGCCUGCCCAAAGUGGCCGUUCCCUCCACCAUCCACUGUGAUCACCUGAUUGAGGCUCAGAUUGGAGGCGUUGAGGACCUACAGAGGGCUAAGGAAGUUAACGAGGAAGUGUACAACUUUCUUGCAAGUGCUGCAGCAAAAUAUGGUGUCGGCUUCUGGAAACCAGGUUCAGGGAUCAUUCAUCAGAUCAUCCUGGAGAAUUAUGCCUAUCCUGGAGUGAUGCUGAUUGGUACUGACUCUCACACACCCAAUGGCGGUGGUCUGGGGGCCAUCUGUAUCGGAGUGGGUGGAGCCGACGCCGUUGAUGUCAUGGCUGGAAUCCCCUGGGAGCUCAAGUGCCCCAAAGUGAUUGGAGUGAGACUGACAGGAACCCUGUCUGGCUGGACCUCCCCAAAAGACGUCAUCCUGAAGGUCGCCGGCAUCCUGACGGUGAAAGGAGGCACAGGAGCCAUUGUGGAGUAUCAUGGACCUGGAGUUGACUCUAUCUCUUGCACUGGAAUGGCCACUAUCUGUAACAUGGGUGCUGAAAUUGGAGCCACUACAUCUGUUUUCCCCUACAACCACCGCAUGAGCACGUACCUAGAGAAAACGGGUCGUGGAGAAAUUGCAUCAGUUGCUAAUGAGUUUAAAGAGGACUUGGUGCCGGACGAAGGUUGUGCAUACGACCAAGUGAUUGACAUCAACCUGAGCGAGCUGAAGCCCCACAUCAACGGACCCUUCACCCCCGACUUGGCCCACCCCGUUUCUGAGAUAGGGGCCAUAGCUAAGAAGAGCGGCUGGCCCCUGGAGGUCAAAGUUGGUCUGAUCGGCAGCUGCACCAACUCCAGCUAUGAAGACAUGGGCAGAGCAGCCUCUCUGGCCAAGCAGGCUCUGGAUAAAGGCCUGAAGUGCCGGGCCCAGUUCACAGUCACACCAGGAUCUGAACAAAUUCGAGCCACAAUCGAGCGGGAUGGAUAUGCCAAGAUCCUGAGUGAUGUUGGGGGAAUUGUUCUCGCUAARGCUUGUGGUCCUUGCAUCGGACAGUGGGACAGGAGGGAUGUGAAAAAAGGAGAGAAGAACACCAUCGUCACAUCUUUCAACAGGAACUUCACAGCCAGGAACGAUGCAAAUCCAGCRACUCAUGCUUUCGUCACCUCACCUGAAAUUGUCACUGCGCUGGCUCUCGCAGGGACUCUCAACUUCAAUCCAGAGACUGAUUACCUGACUGCACCCAGUGGGGAGAAGUUUAAACUAGAACCUCCUACUGGUGAUGAGCUCCCCUCCAGAGACUUUGACCCGGGUCAGGACACCUACCAGUACCCUCCUGCAGAGGGCAACACAGUCAUGGUGGAUGUAAACCCCUCCAGUAACCGCCUGCAGCUGCUGGAGCCCUUUGACAAGUGGAACGGAAAAGAUCUGGAGGACAUGAGAAUCCUCAUCAAGGUGAAGGGAAAAUGCACCACGGACCACAUCAGUGCCGCCGGGCCCUGGCUGAAAUUUCGUGGUCACCUGGACAACAUCUCCAACAACCUGCUGAUCGGCGCUGUCAACAUCGAGAACAACGCCGUCAACAAGGUGAAGAACCUCCUGACCGGAGAGUACGGAGGGGUUCCAGAUGUGGCCCGUUUCUACAAGGCCAACGGUGUGAACUGGGUGGUGGUUGGAGAUGAGAACUACGGUGAGGGYUCCAGUCGGGAGCAUGCCGCCCUGGAGCCACGCCACCUGGGAGGAAGAGCCAUCAUCGUCAAGAGCUUCGCCAGAAUCCAUGAGACUAAUCUGAAGAAGCAGGGCCUGCUGCCUCUGYCUUUCGCCGACCCCGGUGACUACGACAAAAUCCUCCCAGAUGACAAGAUUUCAAUCAUCGGCCUGAAGUCCUUUGCRCCCGGCAAGCCGCUGACAGCAGUGAUCAAACAUUGCGACGGGAGCCAGGAGUCCAUCUCUCUGAACCACACCUUCAACGAGACGCAGAUCGAGUGGUUCAGGGCCGGCUCCGCCCUCAACAGGAUGAAGGAGCUCCAGUAACGAUGAAGAUGAGGGUGGCUGUAUUCAGAAGGCACAGCAUGAAGAAGGGAGGGAGGCCAGACUCGGUUUAGGGUCACAUGUAGUCGUUSUCAGUCAGAAAACCAGAGUCGCUGUACGGAUGAAAGCGCACACUUUAUCACAGGUUAGCACUAAAACUGUAGAGACGAUUACUGUCAAACCCCUCCAAGUUCACCGACGGAAACGCACAAAUAUUUUUAAAACUGCACUUAAAAACACAAGAACCUAAUUAAGAUGGAACUUACAAAUAAAAUGUAAUUAAAAUGUAAAAAUAAGACCUAAUUACAAUUAAAAGCUACAAAUAACAAAGCUUACCUAAAKUAAGACAUAAAAUACAAAGACUUAGUUAAAACAGGACACAAAGAUGUUAAAAUUUGGCAACAAAAUAAAAAUUGUAGACCAGAUUUGCUCUUUGUGGUAGCGUUAAUUUGACAUAAAUAUUCUUCUUCCACUCUGAAUUCAGUGCAUUUGAUUAAUUUUCUAACACUGCUGUUUCUCUAAAAUGAUGUAUUAAACCAAAAACGGAAAAAUAAGUUUAUUAAUAGAAUGCUAGUUAGGUUAAAAAGAGAGAAUUUUAUAUAUUUGAAGAAAACUUUAUGCUUUAAUAUCUUUAACCUUACCUUUUACCUACCAUUUUCCUUAAGUGUGUUUUAAUUUAGUUAUUUCUAAUCCCUGAAGUUUUAAAGACAAAGUGGGACUUUGUUUUUGUUUGACGUUACUGAUCUGAACAAAUGUCAGUUUUUGAUUUUGGACCACUCUGUAAGCACGAGCUGCUUCACCUGCACUCAUUUUUUUAUUUUUAUUUUCCACAAAUUCGUACAUAAAAGGACAAGGAAUUGGAGCCAAAACCUCGUAGGAUUGUUUUACUGUAGGAAUGACUGCUUUCUUCCCAUCAGUCACAUACUCAGUGUAUUUAUUUACAAGCUUAUCCAGSUUUGAGCCACAUUCGUCACAAAACUUGUCCUUGAGCACAUUUUUGUGUCGUGCUGCUCAGAAAUAUCACUCCAUCAGGUAAAAAAAAAGUUCUGACAGGAAACCAGAACUUAUCUAAUCCCUGUGUUUCUUUCUCCAKCAGUUGUAAGAGGGAGAGGUACACGAUUGUUUCCUGUUUGUUUGUUUGUUUGUUUCCUAGUGGGGUUCUGUGGAGCAUUAUAUACAACUAACAUCUUACAUGCUGUAGAUACAUCCUCGGUUUGGAGGAGUAGAGUUUAAUUCUGUUGGURAGAGCAGAGCCAGGAUCAAAGCUGAUUUCUGUCAGUUUGAAACAAACUUUAGUUUUUUUUUUUAAUUUCACAGCAGGUCAUGCAGAUGAUAUUUUUAAAAUCUUACUGCUGUCAGUUUUGCAUUGUGWUGUUUUUCUGUCUGAAAAACUACAAACUUCCUGCAGGAGUAAGGCUACAUCUUUAGUGCUACAGCUAGCUGCUGACAUUUGCUCUUGCAGAUAACCAUAGAAUUAAAAAAAAAAGAUGUAAAGAUUUAUGAAACAGCGUUUCCAUGAACCAUGAUGAAAUUUUAGAGAUUGGAGUUGCUUCAAUGAGGCACUUGUUCACUUUGACCGGCGCUACAUUUGUACGAACCUGAGUUUGUUCAAAGUCUGAAGUGGAACAGGUAAGAUAUUCYUUAUUUAUAGUUGCACUCAAAGCUUAUUCUGCUGUUUGAUGUGGGGAAAUCGUUGUUCUUCUUUAACCGUUUGUUCCCAGAAUCUGUAAAUUUACUUUAUUGUUCCAGAAGUUCAAAUCUAAAUGAAGCGUUGUCUUCUUUCAAGUUACUGACUUUAGGAUUUGUUUGUAAAUGAUGAUCUACAGCUGCAUUUUGUACAGAGGAGUGUACAUAGAUAAAACUUGAUUAUAUACACAUCUAUAAAAAUGAAAGUUGUUAUUAAUAGUAGAUUUAAAUAGAAGCAUUUUCUGUAGGCUGCCUGUUGUCUGUGGAGCUUUUUGAAACAUAGAGACGUGCAUUGUGGGUAAAAAUAAGAAUGUCAGGAAUUUGUUGUUUGUUGAAAGUUUGAUGGCUUUGAAUUGGGGAAAAAGUGAUUAUCCAUUGUUUUAUGGUUUUGUUCAUUUGUGACGUGACACUUUUGAAAUCAUCACUGUUUGUUUUUCUCUAAAUUCAACGCCAAUUUUUAAAUUUCCCCUCUGCACAAUGUGAAAUUCUUGGCUCAAACUGUGAACCGGCAUUAAGUGUAGUCGUUUGGACUUUUAUGUUACAUUUUAAGUUCAAGCUGUAAAAUAAAAAAAUCAACGAAUCUUCAUUGUGUACUCAGGUGUGCAGUCACGCUCUCACUUGAGUGUUUGAAGUCAUGUCUUCAUUUGUUCAGCUGCAGGAAAUGAAAUGUUAUUUCACAGUGAUGAUUGCUAAUCUGCUGUUAAAUCUUUUGUAAAAGUAGCCUGCUGUAUUAUAGCCUGCUAAAUUAAAUUAUCCUGAUAUUUACAAAAAUAAACAUUUCAGAAAAUCUCAA